AAUCGACUUCGACCAAUCAGAAAUAAGGCUUGCUCAGUUCAUGUUUAGUACUUUUUCUACGGUUCUGGAAAUUUACUUCUAUUUGUGUAAAACGUAUUCAGAAUUCAAAACGAGUGGACAAGGAUCUGAAAGUGUGUAAAGGGUGCAAGAAAAUUACAAAAUGGCAUACUCGGCGCAGACCAACAAAGCGGUCUUAAACCGCUAUAUGGACCUUCCACUGGACAGUAAAGUCAUGUGCGAAUACCUCUGGAUUGACGGGACUGGGGAAGGGGUCCGAUCCAAAUGCAGAACCCUGGACUUCGAACCCAAACACCCCAAAGAAUGUCCCAUUUGGAAUUACGAUGGCUCCAGUACAUACCAGGCCGAGGGGUCGAAUUCCGACAUGUACCUUCAUCCUGUUGCUAUCUUCAGAGAUCCGUUUAGGAAGGACCCCAUAAACUGGUUCUUUGUGAAGUCCUAUAAAUUACAACAAAAACCAGCAGAAACAAAUCGUAGGAAAUUAUGUAACGAGGUCAUGGAGCAAGCGAAAGAAAAGAAGCCCUGGUUUGGGAUUGUACAGGAAUAUACACUGUUAGACACUGAUGGUCACCCCUUCGGCUGGCCUAAAAACGGUUUCCCGGGACCACAAGGUCCAUACUAUUGCGGAGUUGGAGCAAAUAAAGUGUACGGGCGUGACAUUAUUGAGGCUCACUACAGGUCCUGUCUGUACGCAGGCGUCAAAAUCGCUGGCUGCAACGCUGAAGUCAUGCCAGCUCAGUGGGAGUUUCAGGUUGGUCCCUGUGAGGGCAUUGACAUGGGCGACCAUCUCUGGGUGGGGCGAUAUCUCCUACACAGGGUAGCGGAAGAUUUUGGAGUGGUGGUGACCCUUGACCCCAAACCCAUCGAAGGAGACUGGAAUGGCGCCGGUGCUCAUUGUAACUACAGUACCCUCCCCAUGAGAGAGGAAGGAGGAAUCAAAUACAUUGAGGACGCUAUAGAAAAACUAUCCAAGCACCACGUACGACACAUCAAAGCCUACGAUCCGAAGGAGGGAAAAGACAACGAGAGACGACUGACGGGAUUCCACGAGACUUCCAGUAUCCACGACUUCUCCGCAGGAGUAGCUAACCGUGGGGCCAGCAUCCGAAUCCCUCGGAACGUCGCGGAAGAUAAGAUGGGCUACCUCGAAGACAGGCGGCCAUCUUCAAACUGUGACCCUUACUCUGUGACAGAGGUCAUCGUCAGGACGACGUGUUUAGAUUAGAAACAUAUUUAUGUAUAACAUUAGGGUCUGAUUUCUUGUUGUAAAAUAAUAUACAACAAUUGUCUGAUUUUCGUGUUUUUAUUUGUCGUGAAAUUCUGUGUUUGUUUCAUUAUAGGAAAUUCUAAAAUUUCCUGUAUACCAGGCAGAUCUUGUCGAUUUGAAAAUUUUUGUUUGUUUUGUACAGUUAACGAAAGGCACAUUUUUUAUUUUUACAUGUACUUAUUCAUAUGGUUAUAUGUAUCCAUAGAACAUACUCAUUUAUCAUUGACGUAGAAUCAUAUUUAUUUUUAACCAUGUAUAUCAUGAUACCUGUUUACAAUAACUGUAUCUGACGGAGGGAAUCUCCCAUUUCUCGUUUAUUAUUGAAUGCAAAAUAAAAGAAACAUUGUGGUUUUUUUUUAAAUCGAGAAA